AUGGCUCGCGUCGCGCUCGCGUUGUGCCUGCUGCUGGCGCUCGCCGCCGCCCGCGCCGCGCCCUCCGACUACGCCUGGGAGGAGGAGCAGGAGGCGGCGGCGGCGGAGGAGGCGGAGGAGGAAGGAUAUCAACAACGCGCCAACUCUGAGCCGCUGACGCAGCAGUUGGAAGACUCGCAGGUGGUGCAGGACAGCGACGAAGGUACACUGAGCCGCCUGACGUCGGAGGCGCAGGCCGAGCAGCAGUUUGAGCAGCAGGCUGGCCAACUGCAGCAGAGCGACCAACAGCUCCAGCAGCAGAAUCAGUACCAGCAGAACACCCAGCAAACACAGGGGCUGCCUGAUCGUCUGGUCAACCCAUCACAGAACGUCUCGACGGGCUACAACCCAUCCAGGGAAAGAGGCGGGGACGACUUUGGAAUCGUGGGCGGCAAUGGCAACGUGCAGCAGCAGCAACCCCCGCAGUCGGACGGCCAGCAGUUCCCCGCGUCGCACCCCCCGCAGCGGCCGCGCCCCGGCCAGACCAACCCGCCCGCCGGAUACACCCAGCUGGGCUUCUUCGGAUACUUUAAGGUGUUCCUGACGCCGGUCACGUGGCCGGAGGCGCUGAUGACGUGCUUCGCCGACGGAGCGCAGCUCGUCGUGCCCACUGACGAGCGAGAGGCACUCACCGUCGGCGAGUUCUACGGCAAGGUGAAGAACCAGGUGAAGAAGUCCACGGACAAGGACCUCUUCUUCAUCGGCGCCAGCGACGUGCACAAGGAGAACUCCUUCGUCACACUCUUAGGAACAACGUUUGGACAACGUCAAUGGUUCAGAUGGCAGAAGGGCGAGCCCAAUAAUCACAAGAAAGUUGAGCACUGUGUGUUGAGCAACGAUAAAGGAUAUUAUUGGGAUGGCAACUGCCAAAACAAAUACGCUUUCGUAUGCCAGUUUAAAGACAGAUGCUUACCAGGUUCCCCAAGAUCCGACCAAUAUCGUGAUCAAACUCAGUCCCAGUCGAGAUAUUAAACGCUACAAAAUUUUACUAACUGGAAACAAAAACAAAUGAAAUAAAUGCGAACAUUUAAACAAUAGUUGAUAAAUCUAGACAUUUAAUAUAAGAGUACUAACAGUUUUAUCAUUAUUGACACGCAAAAUAUUCGCAUUUAUCAGUUUCAUUGUUCAAUACACUACGUCAUUCCAUACUUUUUGUAUUUUUAUGUUAUGAAGAUCUGUAAGAUAUAUGAUACAAAUAAAUUUCAUGUUACACAUCCAGAUUAUAUUGCAUUGCUUAUUCAUGACCUACUUAAAAGUCGAAGCAUGUACUAAAUAUUUCAUCAACAUGAAAAUUAUGCAACGAAGGAUCUUUUUUGUUUUCACAGAAUUACUCUAUUUUUUUUAAAGUAACCCCCAAGAUGUUCAUACUAAUUAUUCAUUAUCCAAUGUAGUUAUGAAUUUUCAUUAUAAAUUGAUAAAAGAGUUCUUUAACUAUUUAUUCCAAAUUUUCAUUGAAAUUUCAUUAGCAGUCCAUUUAAUCAAAAUAAUGAAUCGCUUCAAAAAUUACAUGAAUGUUGGAAUAAUAGUUUGGUGUAUAAUUUAAAGAACUUGGCUGUCUAGAUAAAGCUGCGUUUGAUUUAUUUGUUAAUCACAGCCAAGAAAAUAUGAUUUCAUAUUUAGCAUUAAUAUUGUUGUCAUAUCUGAAUAGUUUUGAGAAAAAAACUUACUAGAGCUAAACAAAUAUAUGUUAAUUUUAAAUUUAUAUCCCAAAUUUUGCUUGCUGAAUGACGAUACUUUUAUAAUUCUUACAUAGUGAAUAUGCCGAAAAAACAUUUUACUGAAUUUUAAAUUAUGAUUGAAAUUAAUAACCCGCUACUAACCAAUAGAAAGUAUUUGAGUAACAGCGAGUGUGUGCGUAUGUGCGUGUAUAUUAAAUCUCUUCCCGUCCACCUAUCCAGACAUAUGAGAUGUCAUUGGGGGCGUUCGGUCGUCUUUAGUUUUUGAUAGGUUUUGAUAGUUUAUUUCUAGAUAUGUCGAAAAUAUACAAAUAAAUGUCAAAUAACGUGUUUUUGCAUGUUUUGGUGCUGCGAUCUUUGUGAAUUAUCUGAAAAUUAAACCAAUGCCACCUAAAUAUUUCGAGUAACCCCUAGAACCCAGAGGCACAAUCGCUUCACGACGCUAUAAUUUUCUUUCGCAAGGAUG